AUGGAAUAUUGUUGGCUAAUACUACACAUUUCGCUGCUUCUGACACUCGGAAAAGAUGCGAGCAAGACUGAGGGUGAGUACGAACAAGUUGCAGCCAAAACAAAACAAUCAAUCAUUUUAGGCGAUCUCUAUACGGAACUGCUAGCCGACUACGAGCCACUGGAGCGUCCGAUUGAGAACAGUUCGGAGGCGGUUCUUGUCCGAAUGGGACUCGUCCUUCAACAAAUUGUCGACGUCGACGAGCGCAACCAAGUGGUCGAUGUGAAUGCGUGGCUCAAGUUCUCCUGGACCGAUUACUCGUUGAAAUGGGAGCCGGACGAGUACGGUGGUGUCACAGAUCUUCGAUUCAAGAAGGGACAGUUGUGGACGCCCGACGUGUUGAUGUACAAUAGUGCGGAUCCGCAAUUCGACUCGAGAUUCGCCUCCAACUUGUUGGUUUAUCCGAACGGAUUGGUCAAUUGGAUGCCGCCAGGCCUCUAUCGUCUGUCGUGUAAAAUCCAAGUGGUCUGGUUUCCGUUCGACGUCCAGGAAUGCUUCCUCAAGUUCGGCUCCUGGACCUUCGACGGCACCAAACUGAAUUUAGAGAUUGAUGAGAACGGUUUCGACGUCUCCAAUUACAUGCAAAACGGAGAAUGGACGUUGGAAGGUAAAACCAUUGGAAAAGGCCCGAUUAACAAUAGUGAUCAUCGAUUUUGAAGGCACAACUGUGAAACGGAACAUUCAGUACUAUCAAUGUUGUCCCGAACCUUAUUACGACCUCGUAUUCACAUUUGUGAUACGGAGAAGGGCGCUGUAUUACGGUACGUGUUUAUUAUAGGGGCACCGGACAGAAAGGGCGCGCUAUUGAGAAGAGCCCGCGAAAACCUGGGGGACUCUAAAUUUGAAUGGUGUGAGAGGAGAAAGUUAGUCCGCGGCCACGUAGGCUGCUGCAGAAAUUUUUGUUUUCCUUCUGUUUUUUCGUUUUCGUUUUAAUAAAUCGAUUGUGUUCUCACCUUUUUCGUAGUGAAUUUAAUUAAUUUUUUCUUUUUCAUGUUCGAAAUAUGCGUUUCUAAACAGAUUCAAUCAACAGUUUGCGGAAAAUAAGAGAAAACAUUGACGACGUGCACCAUUUUUCGACUGCGAUAGCUUUUUAUAGGAAUUCUAAGGUGAGAACACAAUCGAUUUAUUAAAAAGAAAACGGAAAACAGAAGGAAAACAAAAAUUUCUGCAGCAGCCUACGUGGCCGCGGACUAACUUUCCCUUCUCACACCAUUCAAAUUUAGAGUCCCCCAGGUUUUCGCGGGCUCUUCUCAAUAGCGCGCCCUUUCUGUCCGGUGCCCCUAUAAUAGUUGACAUUUCAAAUCGAAUGCUAUUAGACUUGCUGCAUUUGACCAAUUUGACUGUAUUAUCGAUUUCUUUGCACUUUUUUCCAGCUUUCAACCUCAUUCUUCCAUGUAUUCUGAUCACUAUGCUCACCCUGGUCGGCUUCACUUUUCCUCCGGACGCCGGAGAGAAAAUGUCGCUUCGUAAGCGCGUCUUUCAAAGCAUAAAACACAAAACGUUUAGAAAUUACGAUAAUGCUCUCGAUUUGCAUUUUUCAAAACUACGUCGCCGAGCUCUCGCCGCCAACCUCUGAAGCUGUACCGUUUUUGGGUACGCGUCAAUAUCGAUUUUUUGGUGAAAAACCUACCUAGUUUCCAGGCGCGUUCUUCGCAGUUUGUCUGUUCACAUGCGCGUGUUGUGUGACUGCAACCACUCUGGCGCUCAAUUUCCAUCAUCGGACUGGCAAAUCGCAUGAGAUGAGCAAUACGGUAGGUGGUAUUGUAUCACGGCGACCAAAAGUGUAGAAAGGGGCGUGGCCUAAUCUGAAACGCGUUUUCUGAAAAUUGCCGCAAUUCCAGCACACUUUUCCGAUAUUUUUGUGUUUGAUAUCGACGAAAGAAGAGCACAUUAAAGAGAGAAAACAUUGAAAUUUUUGUGAAAACGCCGCGUUUGAGACGUUUUUGGCAUAUUUCGCAAUUCGGAAUUUUCAUACCGGCCGAUGUGGAUAGUUUUGAGACGAAGUGAGUGUUUCGGAAGUGAUUAAGCACGUUAAUACAAGUGUUUUAAGCGUUCAAACGGCAAAAAGUAUCGGCGAAUGACUGAAAUUCGCGCAUUUUCAGCACAACACUUGAAAAUCGAUUCAAUUGAUUCAUUUCUGAAUGAAACGUGCUCGUUUUAAGCUCAAAAAGUGCGCGCGAUGAUUAGUUUAAAAAAGUUAUUUGGCAAUUACAUCGUCGAAAUCGUACAAAAUUUGGGUAAUUUUUGACGAAAAACAUGAAAAAUUUGGUUAAAUUUCGAAUUACGCGCCAAAAUGGUGAUAAACCGUGCACGCUAGGCGCCACGCCCCUUUCUACGUUUUUGGUCGCCGUGCUGUAGCACUUGGCUUCUAUUUGAAACGUCACUUUUCAAAAUGACGCUCAAAACAUCUCAGUUUCGUCUCGUGAUGCUCGAAUGGAUUCCAUGGCUGCUCAUGAUGCGUCGUCCCGGAUACGUUGCAAAAGGCGGGAGUCUUGUGAAAGAGGAAGAGUCGGACGAUGAGUUCGAAGAGCGUCAAACUCGUCUCGAUCAGCAGAGGAUCGCCACACUCAUCUCGCAGAUUACUGUCGAAUCGAACAAACCGACGCCGUCGUGAGUGAGAGCGCAGCAGUCCCAGAAAAGCCGAAUCUUUAACGAAUCUUUACACUAGCACAAAAUAGAACAGUCAACUAUUUAUCAGCAAUAAUAAGUGUCUCAUUGAAACUGUAAAUGUUGCAGAUUUCCUCGUCGAGUAACAAUUGUGGACGAAGUGACCAGUUGCACUCAAAACCCAGACGAUGACGAUGAAAACGAAAUGGUUGAAGAUCCAGAAGAGGGAGAAGAUGAAGUGGCUCCGCUGGUCGAUGAGAACAUCUGGAGAUCCGGCGCCUCUCACCAGACAACCGCAUCCGAACCCCAGCCUGCUCACUUGUGGUGGAACGCGUCGAAUCGGAUGAGCAAUCGGGUUCCGGUCGAGCAGAUCGCUCAACUUCUCGUAUUACAACAAGUUCAUCAACAUUUAUCUGUUAGUUUUGAACAAACACGCAGGAAUUCAUGUGAACACGUUCAGGAAAUCAACAAACACAUUCGAGAGAAGGAGAAAGGCAAAAAAGUUGAAGACGACUGGAAGUUUUCUGCUAUGGUAUGACAAGCGGGUACACUUCACACCAGAGUUGAGCGGAAUAAUUUUUAUCUUUUUUAGAAAAUUUUUUCAUGAAAUGUGAUCAACUGACGAAAUGUAGAGCAAAGUGAACUGUGCUCAUAGAAAAAUAAUUGUAAAUUUAGCUUUUCAUACAACAAAGUUAUUCGAGUUGUUCCGUGAAAAAAGGGGGCGAACGGAAGAUAACUCGCGUAACUUUUUUGUAUGAAAACUUAAAUUUACAAUUAUUUUUCUAUGAGCACAGUUCACUUUGCUCUACAUUUCGUCAGUUGAUCACAUUUCAUGAAAAAAUUUUCUAAAAAAGAUAAAAAUUCUUCCGUGAGUUCUUCCGCUCAACUCUGCUCCACACCUCCUAGCACUUUAAUUCUCUAUUUGACAACGGUUUAGUGCUACUACUUCCGUGAAGAUACUCGUCCAUAAGUGCUCUUCCUGAAACAUGAACAUUUUGCAGGUCGUUGACCGCAUCUGCAUGGUCGUCUUCACCUCCUUCCUCUUCGGAUCCACAAUCGCUCUUUUCGCUUCAGUUCCUCAUAUCACCAGAUCUUUCUGAUUUUCCGCCUCCUCCAUUAUAUUGAAUUCACUUUCACUUUUCGGGUACUCUUCUCUGUUUUUCAAUGAAAUUCUCCUAUUCUUCCCGGUUCAAAGUCUCUUGACAUUCGGGAACAUUCCCGGUGACCCCCGGAAGGCCAGGCCAAGUUCAGAUCAAAGUUAAGAAGCUCCCGGGAGUGUUUGUUGCACUUCAGCGCCUUCUGGAACGAUUGAGAAGAGUACGAACAAUGAAAGAAAACACCGUUAUUCGGAUGGAAAGUCAAAUGGUUCGUGUUUCUCGCGAAGAAGCUGGCGUGGACUUUGAACUCGCCGCCGACUCCGCUUCGCCGCUUUUCUGUAUCCCCCUUCCACAAAUUGUGAGUUUUUGUCACUUUUUCACUAAAAAAAACAUGCGCUCAUCUUUCAGUACCUCCUCCUCGGCCUUCAGGUCUUUGUCUGUGCGUUCACAAUUGUUUUCCUGUGCGCCGGUGGCUACUACAGCUACUAUUUCGGAUAUGUGCGCGCAUUUUCUCACUCUCAAUGCAUAUGUAUAUUUAUAAACCGUGUUUCCAGUUCUUCUUCACCAUCCUCACCGCUCUCGCCAUUUUCCUGCCCGACGCGCUCGACAACUGGUGGCACUGGCUCAUUCAGAGCGUCUACUGGUUCAUCUACGCCCUCCUCAACAUUGUCUUUUUCAUCAUGAUCCUUGUGGCGUGUAACCGCGAACUCGACGAUUGUGAAAAGUUCAAGGAUCGGCUGCAAAGAAUUGGAAGUGAGAAUGCUGCAAAAACAAUCGAUUCCCGGGGAAAAAAAAGAGUGUUUCCAGCGUACGACGAGUUGCGCAAUCGUGCGUACAACAUUCGAACGUGGGUGAGCAUCUACACGUGGCUCCUUCAGCCCGUGCUCAUCAUCAUCGUGUUCAUUCUCGUUCGAAUUGCACUUUAUGGCAUUAGAAAUCGAUAA